UCAUAGGAGCUUUGUGAGAUUCAAGUUCUCACCUUUAAAUGAUGGGAGCCAAAGAAGAUUUAAAACCACAAUUGGAACCUAUGAAAGGAUGCAGAAAUCAUUACUGAAUUCUGGAUGCUAUUGCCAGGGAACUCCGAAACUGGACCUAUUUCAAGGAAAACCCAGGCAAGCUUUAAAGAGGCUCUUCUGAAUCUGCCUGUGGGAGGGCAGCUCCUUCUGUUGUUUUUCCAGAACGAGGCUGGGUUGACAUCUGUGGAUUUUUGUAGGUAAUCAAUGAAUUUCCGGAUGGAUAAUUAGUUCACAAGACAUGAUCUAGUUUUAUCACCUGGAAGUUCCUCUUUUCGAGUGAAGAUUCUGGCAAUAAGUUAGAGUGCUGUGGGAACUGACCGUCUGAGUACCACCUUUCUCAAGACCCCAUCAUGGUAAACAGCUACAAUAGACUGGAGGCGAUAUCAACUCUUGUUAUACUACUCUGGGUAACUCUGGUCCAGGGUUCCUGUGGCAGCUGUCCAGCUGGUACUUUCUGGAAUGGUACAGAUUGUGGAAAAAACAAAAAUCAAGCUUGCAUCCCAUGUCCCCCAAAUAGUUUCUCUAGUACAGCUGGCGAACAGAGGACAUGUAACAUAUGCAGGAGAUGUGAAGGUAUUUUUAGAACAAAGAGAGAAUGUACUCCAACAAGUAAUACAGAGUGUGAUUGUAUGUCUGGGUAUCAUUGUUCCGGAGUAGGAUGUAAUAGGUGUCAACCAGAUUGCAAGCAAGGUCAAGAACUUCUAGGAAAAGGUUGUAGAGACUGUAGCUUUGGUACCUUUAAUGAUCAGACACGGGGGAACUGCAAACGCUGGACAAACUGCUCUUUGAAUGGACUAGUUGUGCUUGUAAAUGGAACCAAUAAAAGAGAUGUGAUAUGUGGAUCCACCCAAACAGUUGCCACUCUGGACACAAUCUCCAUGACAAUUCCAGCUUCUCUCGUGCACAUUGAUAAGAACCAUCAGCUCACAGCCUUUACUCUGGCAGUGAUUAUGGCUUCUGGGCUCUUUGCACUCCUCAUCCUGUCAUGGUUCUAUUGCUCCAUGGGAAACAAAAAGAAGCUGCCCUACUUCCUCAAGCAAGCUUUUAUAAAGCCAGUCCAAACUGCCCAAGAAGAGGAUGCUUGCAGCUGUGGGUUUCCAGAGGAAGAACAAGGAGAGCGUGAAAUCAUUAAAUUCCAGUCCGAGCUGCAUCUGGAGCUGUUUUUAAAAGACUCCAAACAGUGAAGCUUUGAACCCACGUCAAAGAGCCCCAGAAACCGUGUCUGCUGAUGCUCCCUGAAAUGAAGCCUCAGAAAGGCUCUCUUAAAAAGAGAGACUCAACUGCCUUUAUCAGAUGGCACUUCCCAGAGCUGGCUCUGAGGAAGAAACGGCUGAGGGGGCAGCCCCUCAACAGUGCGGAUGAGAAUCCAUCCCCAGCUGCCCCUUCUGUUGGACUCUUGUUCUACAUUUACCAUGGGCCAUUCUAUCCCAUGAGCCAGAAAGGUUCUCCACUUUCCCCUGACAUUCAAGGCUCCUUCUUUCAGGCUCCCCCCUGGUUAUAGGGAGCAUCCCCAGAGUCCUAGUGCUCCAAAACUCCACUAAGGCUUUGGAGACUGCCUCCCCUGAUUGAAGCCGUACAUCCAGACGGAGUUUCUGGGCUGCAAUUUUGUUCCAAUGUGGGACAGCUCAAAGUAAGUCUGUAUCGUUCCUGUUGGUUAGCACAGGACAUGUCUCUAGCCUGUGUCAUGACAUGACCAGAUCUUUUAGAAGAUAAGGAAACAGAGUCUCAUCAAUGUUGUUCAGGAAACAACAAAGGAACCCAGGGAUCACCUGCAAAGUUGUCACUCUCUACCCAGCCUGGGGUCCUUUUCUCUCCCGUUCCUUCCCAACCAGAGCAAUUUUCUCAUAUUCCAUCUUUCCUCCUCUUCCUUGUCUUGAACCAGAUUUCUUCCACCUAUCCCAUUGACUCCAUCUCUUCCCUACUUCUCACUUCUCUAUAAAACACUCUACUCUUGAACCUUACAUAUCAUUCAUUGUUUUUAAUCUUCUCCUUAUCAGGAAGCCUUUAAACACUUCACUUUUUAGCCUAUUUCUUCCCCAUCCCUUUCUUAAUAGCUGCUCGUUGAGUCCUCCACAAUUCAAUCAUGGGUGAAUAGGAUAGCACUAUGAUUUUAUCAGUAUAGGAAAUUUCCUCUUGCUUUUCCCAUUAUUAGGAUACACUGCCAUUUGGUGAGCACUGGAACUAUGGUUAUAGACUAAAUACUACACCAAAGAGCUAUGUUUUUCUUAAGUAUGGCUAGCCCAAAAGAUUUUAUUCAGUCGUUUUUCUUUAUAAAAUCAUGACCCUCCCAAAAAUAGUCAAGUAUAAACACCAAAGAGUGAAGUAGUCAUUCUCAAGAGUAAAUUAUUAGUGAGAAAAAAAUCUUGAUAUGACUUGAUGCUUUGCUCAUCAAUCCCAAUGACUCAUUGCUUAAUCAGACUCCGAAUUUCAAACACUUGGCAAUCAGCCUCCAGAUCACCUUUCAGUACUGGUCCCAGUUUACUUUCCAUCACAUAAUCUAGCCAUAUUGCCUUACUCAUUGUUUCCUGAACUUAGCAUCCUACCUAUAGGCCUUUGUAUAGGCUGUAUCUUCCAUGUCUGCAAUACACUCCCUUCUUAUUUCCAAUUUUUAGAAUCCUUAUCUUCAUUCAAGACUCGUGGGACACUGAUCACCCUUAAAUUAUCUAUUAAAUGUCAUAUCCUCUCCCAUUCCCAACCCAUGUAGCAUAUAAGCUCUCUUUGUAUCUUCAUACAUGCAAACUGAGCUCGUAGUCAGUUUUUGUCCCAGUUUCCUGUCUGGAUAGUUCUAGGAUUUUAUAUUAGUUUUGUAUCAAAAUUCCUACACAUCCAUUCUCAUUCUUGCUCCAGACAUCAUGUCUUCAGUUUUCUGAUUAUUUGGAACUUCCCUUCCAUUGAAUAGAAAGUAAACUUGCAAAAGAAUGUAAAUUCUUUGAGAACAAGGACUAGGGUUUUUGUCUUUGAAUCAUAGACCAAGUAGCUUAAUAAGAACACAGAGUCAUAGACCCCAUUCUGGGAGGAAUCUUAGAGGAUAUUUAGUCCAACUCCCUCAUUCCACAGAGGAAGAAACAAAGAGCCAGAGAGGUCAUGGGAUUUGUCCAAGAUGAUCCAUCUUCUGAUUCCAAAUCCAGCACAUUUGUCUAAUUACCAAGCUGCAUCUGUGAUUCAUAACAAGUAAAUUAUAAAUAUUUAUUGAACUGAAUCACUAGUAGACUGACAUUUAUGUAGCAAUUUACAGCUGGCAGCCCAAUUUCCUCACAUAACCCUGUGAAGUUGGUAAGACUAUGAUUUACAGUUUACAAAUGAGGAAAUCUGAGCUUUGAAAGGUUGUCACACAAUUAAGUGGAAGAUCAAUAAUCUUUUUUUAAAAUCAAUAUCAUCAUUUCCACAGGUUUACCAACCACUUUACAUGUGUUAAUUUAUUUAAUUCAUAGUACAAACCUGUAACAGAAGUGCUGUUAUUACUUCCAUUUAACAGAUGAGAAAAUUGAAACCCAGAGACCUAGUGAAUUGCCCAGGUUCACAAUGAUUUGAACUCAGAUUUUGUGGACUCCAAAUUCAGGACUGUAUCAAUUAUUCUAUCUAGACUGCUUCUUUCCCAGGUAAAAGGAAAACCUUUUCAUCCACUCUGUUCUCUGUGCUCCAAGUUUCUUAUCCUUCCUCCCAAAGACAGAAGGAGAAAGAGAGAGAAAAACAUCAUCUGAUUUUUUUUUUCCUAACAAAAAGUUCUCUACCCUAGCCACCUGACUUCUGUUUCUAACCUCCUUUUCUGGUAAGGCUGAGGAAUGGGGGAACCAAGAAAAGAAACUAAUUUCUCUUUGCUAUAGAUAUUCCAUCUACUUACAGCUUCAACUCAUAAACUCAAUUCCGAUACAAAUUGUUUUCUAUCAGAGGGACCAUGUUCCUUUCUAUAGAGCAUGAGGCUUAAAAAAUUUGAAGACCACAAAGACUUUAAAGAGAUAUAAAAUAGUUUCAUCAAAGCAAGAAUAGAAAUCCUUACUACUGAUUUCCAGAACUAAGGCAUCUUGUGGGAGUGUGUGUGUGUGUGUGUGUGUGUGUGUGUGUGUAUGUAUGUGUGUGUGU